AUGUGGAGCAAGGAACAGCUGUAUACAGAAGAGCAGCAACGGCUUCUAAAACAUAAUAAAUUUACCAGCAGCCUCACGUCUGGCUCGACGCCUCUGCAAAUAAACAUUAAUAUCCCGUCAUCACAGUCACCCCAACCCGCGGGCUCUUCCUUCUGGGCGUUUGAAGAUGCUCCAAACUCGAUUAAAGAUGAUUUGAACAACGUUCCUGGACUUCUCGAGGCAGCCGUGGAAGAGUAUGCUACUUGGCAUCUGUCACGGGUGGGCACUGAGAGCUACAGGUAA